AUGGGCUCUGGAAACCUCUCUUCCAUCACAGAAUUCAUCCUUGUGGGGCUCACUAACCACCGAAAGACACAGAUCCUUCUCUUCAUGGUCAUCCUCAUCAUCUAUUCCCUCACCCUUAUGGGGAACCUGGUGAUCAUCACGUUGGUGCGAACUGAUUCCUCCCUCUGCACCCCCAUGUACUUUUUCCUCUUGCACCUCUCCGUCUUGGAGAUCUGUUAUGUCACUUCCAGCAUGCCCCAGAUGCUGGCUCACCUUCUCUCUGGACAUGGAGCUAUCUCCUUCAACCGUUGCAUGGUCCAGAUGUACGUGAUUAUCUGCCUGGGUAGUGUAGAGUGUUUUCUGCUGGCUGCCAUGGCUUACGACCGCUACUUGGCCAUCUGCCAUCCUCUGCUCUAUGCCAUCGCCAUGAGUAGGCGAUGUCAGGUUCAGCUUGCCUCAGCCUCAUGGGCAAGCGGCUUCUUUCUGGCAUCAAUAAACGGCUACUUCACCCUUCGCCUUCCCUUCUGUGGCCCCAACCGCAUCAAUCACUUCUUCUGUGACAUGCCUGUGAUGAUCAAACUGGCUUGCGCUGACGUACGAGAGACGGAGCUCAGCAUUACUGUGGUGGCUUCCCUCAUCAUUGUUGUUCCCUUUUUGGCUAUCCUGAUCUCCUACAUGCUCAUACUGUCCUCGGUGAUCCAAAUGCAGUCGGCUGCUGGCUGGCACAAGGCCUUCUCCACGUGUGCCUCCCACUUGACCGUGGUCAUUUUGUUCUAUGGCAUCCUCAUUAUUACGUAUUUGAGUUCAGGAUCAGAGGCGUCUCCUGAUCAUGACAAGGGACUCGCUGUCUUCUACAUUGUGGUCACCCCUUUGCUCAACCCUAUCAUUUACACCCUACGCAACAAGGACAUCCAUGGGGCUGUGUCCAGGAUGCUUCACGGGUGGGGCUUUAAACAGGAAAGAUGA